AUUGGUUCUCCAACAACCCUCAAUAGCUAGGUGAAGUCACAAGUUGCGUGAUCUGAUCCUGGUGUUGAAAAAUUUCCUACUUUCAAUUAGUUGGUUCGUCCACUCCUAAACCUCUUAGUUAGGAGCCACAUGAUAUUCUACUUCUAGAAUUAGAAUUUUCAUUUCCUAGUUGCUUGGAUAAGAAUAACCUUGCCCCCAACACUAGUCCUUGAAACUUCUAUCAAAUCGAGGAAAUCCUCACACACGCGAACGAGAACCUGUUAUUUCUUCUACCUCUACUACGUCCUACAACUUCGACUUCCUGCUAACACCUUCGUCGAGAGAGGACAUCCUCAAGUCCUCUUGCUUUCCUAAACGUGUCCCUCAAGUUCCUCUAUGUCGGUGCCUGAGGUGCUUUCUGCCUUGACGCUGCUUCAGGCUGGGGGUGGAGUUGAUUGUGACGGUAAAUCCCCAAAAGAGGAAAACGGACCGAAAUUUUUACCUUCAUUCUUUGGAUUCGGUGGUGCCCCUGCGUCUUCUGCGGGAAAUACCAAGGAGAAGAAAGGACCCCUGACCCGCUUAACGAUGGGUCUCAUUUGCAUUGGCGCUCGGCUCACAAAGUCGGCCGUCCGGGUUUGUUGCUCCUCUUAUGAAAUGAAACUUCAACGUUGUUCUUGUUUACUUACUUAUUAUAGUUACAUCGUUAACACAUGAUACAAAUAGAAGCGUAGGAUCGUUCUUAACAAACAGCACAUCUUCUUCACAGCAAAAGAACAAGCAUUGCCUCUUCCACCUCUAACUCCUCGCCUUUUUCCUCUGUUUCUUUUACCCAGUCCUUAUCGCCUUGAGCUUGCAGCUACUCUGGUUCGCUUACGACGUGCGUUUAUUCGCCAUUCGCAAGUAUGGUUACGUUAUUCACGAGUUUGAUCCGUGGUUCAAUUACCGAGCAACCGAGCAUUUCGAGUUAGAGAUGCGUGCCAGUUACAAGUCUCUGGUGUUGGGGGAGAAAGAGGAGUUUUUGAACCCAGACAACGCAACGGCAGUGGUUGAACCGACUGCUGGUACCUAUUUCCCAUAGUAUGGGAACAAAUCUUCCCAAGAAGUCUACUAUCUUAAUCUUCCAGUUAUUUGAAAGAGUUUCUCUUCGUUCUCCAGUUGGAAAGAGUACUCAAAUUAUUCAUCCUCGUCAGAGAACUACAUGAGCAACUUUCUUGAAACUCAAACUACUUUCUUGAAACUACUCUCCAAAACAGUCUCCAACAACAGUUCUACCAACCGCAACAUCUUCUUCAACAGCCGACAAUGCUUCUCGUCGUAACGUGUUUUUGGAUGCACAGGUGGUGGAUUCGAAGGAGGAAGGGGAGUUGGCUGAAGACCAAGAAACCGAUAAACCUGCCGCUUCUUGGCUCGUUCGUCAAUUAGAUGCUUAUCCAGCGCUAAAGUCUACCUUAGCUUGGCGUCUGGGCAGGAAAUACUUUGAUUAUGGAUUUGAGAGUGAGAACGAGAGAAGUUGAUAAAUUUGAGAAGAUUCAAAGUGAUCGGGUUAAGUUGAUGUAGCUGGUUUUGCAUUGCUCUAUGAACAAUGACAAACUCAUGGAUGCAUCAACGACCCCAGUGUCAAUCUUUUCAUCUGGUGCAUGCCAUGUUCGAGUAGUGUGUGUCAAGAAUCUUGUCAUCUUCAAAAGAACAACUUCCCUUCUACUAUCCUGCUCUAACUCCCCCUCGGUGUUUGGCACGACAGCAUUAACGAGCGCUUUUUCAAAUGGUUCGAUCAUUUGGUGUGGUACCCCAUGGGACGUCCGGUCGGAACUACCAUUUACCCUGGCAUGCAGCUCACCACCGUCGCCCUGUACCGCCUGCUCAAGGUUACUGGACAGGUGAGCAAACAGCAACAAGGUCUCGUCACCCAGGCGUUCAAUUAAGGCCCCCUCACUUAAUCCACAUUUUAGCUUAUCUGUGACUGAGGCUGAGCUGUUAGUUUUCAAGUAAUCGAAAACUUAAAAUAAGCGAGUUACUGACUGAAAUGAAAGAGUCGCGACUACAUUUCUCUUCUUUCUUCAUUAUCUCCCUUAUUUUCAGUACUAUUUACUCGCUUAUUUCAGUUUUUCGAAGCACUUAGAAAACUGGACAGCACGGAUGAGGCAAAAGGUGCUGGACUCCUGUAGAUAGUGAGUUCUAAUUCAAAGAGUGGGACAAGAAGAACUCGACUGCUAUUGCGGAAAUACCAAGGGAAUCGAUUGCAGAGGACGUGUUGGAUACAUCCGAGGAAACAGACAUGGUUUCCAAGUGGGUAAAGUCCAUUUAUGGCCAGCUUUUCUACUCCAUCUUCUAGAUGCUAAGCAUCUCGGUAUCAUGAUCCCAGUUUCUGUUUUUUUUUUGAAAAUCUCUAAUGAAUCCUGUACUCCUGUCGCACACCGAAGGGCAAGCCUCGGAAUUGUAUCGUUCGGUACCAGAAGAUCGCCAAGCGCAUGUACCAGUCCGUCUUUGGGGAAUCGGCGAAGGAAGGGGAUAUGACUUGUUAUGAAGAAGGAACGGACUUAUAUUUUACUACAACUCUCCUCGCUCUUAUUAACCACGUGAACGUGAACGUGAUAGACUACUGCUACUUGUCCGUAUAUUUAUAAGUAUUCUUGAUUGUACGACCUACUUGUUCUACUCCUAGUCGCUUGGCCAUAAGUCACUCGAUAAUUGGCCAUAAAUCAUCACUGCUGAUGACGACCCUGUUGAGGUCAUUACAGAGAACUUAACUUUCAGAAUUGAUCUUCGCUCCCACCUUCAUAUCCUGCAUCCCGCCCGAUUAGUGGACCAUUACACCGGCUUGAAUGCUGGAACAGUGGAGGGUCUUGGUGGAGCCCUCUACACGGUGGCGGACACAGUUACUGCUGGGAUGAUUCUACCCAGAGUCUUCGGAAAUGGCAAGGGUGAGAAGAGUUAUGAAAAGCUAUUUUAGAGGACACAGACUCUGCUUCAUGCUUCUGCACAUGAUGAUCACUCUGUACCGGUAUGUAUUUCCCGGAUGCCGAUUCAGGAGGUUCAGGUUAGACGAGGAAACCACUUCUCAUUUACAGAUCCAACAAAUUACUAGUCUAACAAACCGGAAAAGCUGCCGGAAAGGGUGGAAGCAAGGAAUUUUUGGGAUCGAUGUUGCAGGGCCUGUUGACCUCGUCUGUGACAGAGUAUUUUGCGUUGUCGAGGUACUUCUUCGAUUUAUCGAAGAAGCAGUGGAAGGAUUUCAAGGCGACGUGUCGUAGGGAAUUCAACAAGGCGUUGACGGGGAUCAGCUGGGUUGUCGAGGACAACUUAGACUUCCUCGUCUUCGAUGCUCCUCAGCGCAUCUUCGAUGUUUUCCGAUACCGCUGGACGCUGAAUCAAGUGGCUUGCCACGUUCCUGCCUUUUUUGGGUGGAUCGCAACCUUGUUUACGGGUCUCCUGGCCGCCGAAGCCGUGGCCCAGCCAGUAGAUCACUCCGAUUACGUCCGACAUCUGACGCGUGCGAUUACGUUUUUAGCGGCUAUGUUCUUCAUGAGCGUGAUUCCGGCUCACGCUCAGCGAUCUGUUGGGGGAGGGUUCGACAACGAGUGUGUCGCCAUCGCACCUCUGUGUGCGUGUGGUUACUUCUGGUGUUUGAGCUUGAAGUAUGCGGCGUUGCCGGGUGGGGAGACUUCAGAUUCGGCCGCGGGGAUGGGAUUUAUGAUGACAACCACCUAACCGAAGACAGUAACCGCAGGUAAGUGCAAUUAUAUUAGCGUUUCGAUAUCCAUUGACUAUUGCUACAACUGAAAAACCAUUCACAUCGCCUGCUCGCAUCUCCCCCUACUUACCACCUCUCUAAUUCCUAUACCGGUGUCUUCUCCUAUCUCGUGAACUCGCGAACGAUUGUCCGUUACGCUGCGGCUUUUUUGGCUGGCUGCAGUCACGCGAAUAUGGCUGCGGCUUGGGGUGGUUACGUUUUUCUGAUCAACUUGGUCGGUGCCCAUGCAGCUGCUCUGCUGUUCUUAGAGCGAACGAAAAUGUGGAGUCCAAGGACUGUUGAAGGGGCUAUUUGUUCGACUACGUCAACAUCCAAGGUGAACAAGGGUGGCGCUGCUUAUCUCUCUACAAGUAACGUUUUUGGAUCUUCUUGUCUGUACACUUCGUUGUACGAGUCGUACACGAUUUUCUACGUUGUGGGCACUUACGGCGCGAUGUUGGUACCCGUUGUUUCAUGGGCACCUCUUCAGUCUCUAGAACAGAUCAUGCCUCUUGCGGUAUUCGUCGUUUUGCAGCUCGUUUUCAUCAUGGACAAGUUUAAUUUGGGCGCAAGAAUUGCCGAGUUUGGGCUCUUUUCGAGUAUGCGAGCGAAAGCUGGUGGAAUUGCGGAUAAGUUGAAGACUGCUGUGGCGGCGAAGACGAAGAGUUUGGUUCCGUUAAAGUACAAAGGUUACAUGGAGGACGCUUCAGACCUGUUUGGCAAGGUGUUUUUGGGUCGAAGCCCGAGUUCGAAAUCGCCAAGAGGUAGUUCUACUGCAUCGGGAGAGGCUGCAGAUGGCAACAGUGCUGUGGAGAUGGCGGCAACCAAGGGAGGAAAUGGAGGGAACGCCUCUUCUAAGGAUGGUGCAGCAUCGAAGAAGAAGCUCUCUACCAAAGCAGAGGCCUUGGCGAAUAAGAAGCAGAGUCAGAAGAAUAAGCAACUCCUGUCGUUUUUUUCGGCUUUCUCAGUCGUCCUGAUGGCAGCGGUUAGUGCGGUGAUUGCAACGGAUGUGGACAACAGUCGAAUCCUGAAGAUCAUGGAGCUAUUCUUCGACCCACUUUCCGGUCGUGUGAAGGCCUUGUUCGGAGCACACGCGACGAAGACGGGGAAUCCACUCAUUUUAUGAAGAUGGACACACCUCCAAGUACUAACUGCUACUAAGUAAGUACUUACAACAAGAGUAACACGCCACUGGUUUGAGGCCUUCGACUAUUUGAGCAGGAAGAAGAACUCCUCCUGUUGGCUAUCUGAGGACGCUGACCCCUACGCCUACUAGCUUUGAGUGCUCUUCUACUCAAAGGAUUCAACGCUCCAGCUCUUGUGAUUACCUCAGGAAUAGGUACAUCAAUCAAUCAAUCAAUCAAUCAAUCAAUCCGUUUCUAAUCUGCGAUUCCGUUUCGGAACAUCAACCGGGAAACCCAGCAGCGCUGUGGAAGAUGUUAGACCGAACCAUGUAUAUUGCACCAGUCGGUGUGAUGUUUUUAGCCUUCGAUCUCUUUUGCUUGGCAGCGCGAUGGCUCUUUUCCGGAUUAUUAUUGCAGGUCGCAGCAAGAUCGUGUGGGAAUAGUGCUGCGACUUUAUGUGAUGUAAAUACUUAACUUUGGCAAUCAUGACUGUUGAAGAGUGGGCGGUGUCGUGUGGUGAGAUGGAAGAGUCAAUAUGUGAUCUUUCUCUGCUGCAGCACAGCUAAGUAUUCCUUUGCAAACAACUAGAACUAGAGCUGCUUGGGCCGCUUUACCGCAGUCUAACUACAGUAAGAAGUGGAUCAAAAAUUGAAAUCAGUCGCACUGACUUGUCCUCCCUGUCCUCUACUUCUAACCUCCGGCAGUUCAUCCUCCCGUUUGACGACGAAGUGCCGCCAGGUGAUCGUUAACCUCUCACAAAGGGUUUCUGCACCUCUCCUUACCCUUUCCGAAGGCACGCCAGUGGCCACGGGUGGUCUGUACGUGAUGAUUUUCGGUCUCGCGACCUACGCUUUCGCUCUGAAGAUGGCACGACUGAUGAUCUUCUUGGGACCCACUGCCCCAAUCCUCUCUGCGGUUGCGGUUGGUCGCGUUAUGCAAUGGAUUCUGGCACCAGUGCGAUACGUCAUGCGAACCGACAAGCCGUUGGAUGGCGGUGAGCUGGAAGCAGCUGCACUGAUGUUGGUGAAGGAGGUAACACCUGGUAAUGUUGAGAAAGACAACAAAAAGGCUGGAGGUACAUCUGUGGCGAAGUCUGAUGCGCAAAACAACAAGGCUAACUCUGCCUCAGAAGAAACCAGUGCUGAGAAGGACUCAAACGCAAAGUCCUCAGAAGAAGGUUGCAAGAGCAGUAGUUGCAAAAACGUGGCGGCACUCAAGUGCUUCGUGAAAACCGUCACGCAAAUUAAGGCUCUGACCUUGUUUUUGGUCGACCAAAUUGAAUGUUCUACUACUUGUAGUGGGUACAACAGAUACAGAACUCAGAUCCACUUAGGUAGAGUUUUAGGAUUAUUCAGAAAAGACUUUUACUAGUACAGCAAUCAUCUUCCGCAACAAGCCGCAUUGACAUUGUACUUUCCAUCCACCUCUAAUCCGGGCACCGGCGUCCGUACCGCUUCGAAACUUACGCUUCUGUCUGCCCGUUCCGUCAUUGCGCUAUUACUAGCUUUGCGCUACGGUUUUCCGAGUCACAUGGAGCAUUUCUUGGGUGCGGGCUACAACAUGAUUCAAUACGGCUUGUCUCAUCCGCAGAUCGUGUCUAUGAAUCAAGAUGGAACCUUGAAGGACGACUACCGCGAAGCCUAUUACUGGAUUCGGGAAAACACGAAAGAGAAUGACAGGAUUUUGUCUUGGUACUGAUGGCCGCCUUCGACAUAUAAGUUGUUAAGUAGGUAAAAUCUCUUAGAGAUCUUAUCAAUGUCAACUCGAAAUUUUGCAACGCCAACCCCUUGUCAGGUGGGAUUACGGUUACCAGCUUGCGGGUAUUUCCAAGAGAGUGACAGUGGCAGAUGGCAACACCUGGAACCAUGAACAUCUUGCCUUUUUAGGCCUCACGUUGACGAGUCCGGUCGAAGAGUCGCACAUUAUUAUGCGACACUGGGCAGACUACGUGCUGGUGUGGAGCAAUGAGGGUACUGCUUGCUUAUGUUGCUUGCUUUGAACAUGAAGGAAAGUGUACCAGGGUUAGAGUCCUCCUCUGCCCAGUACCAAUACCUCCAAGUAUUGUGAUUUCGAAGAUCUUCCUCGAAAUUGGACCCGCCGCGACAAAUCCUAAGCCUAACGCAUAGAAGUACUUCUUCUCUACUAACCUCCUUCCACCUCCCUCCACACAGAUCUAGCAAAAGCGACCCACAUGGCUAGGAUUGCGAACAGUGUGUACAAGGGACAUUGCUACGACAAGAUGUGCUGGCAGUUUACGUGGGAGGACUAUGGAAAACCAUCCCCUAUGAUGGCCAAUUCCUUCAUGUAUCAGGUAUUCGAAUUCUGCUAGAAAUUAUCUUUUUCUUUUGGAGAACGUCACCUUUUCGACGAUGACAAGGUGCAUCUUCUACUUCAGCAACACUGUACUUUAGCCUGUCAUAAUAUCCUACUCUGGUACUUUCAGGUAUCUUACUUUAUAAGAUAUUAUCUCAUGAUCACUUUCAUUCCUCAGGUUACCCACGGUGGCGGCAACAUGGAAAGCAAUCCACUUUUGAAGGGCAGAUACAAACUAGUAUUUAGGUCCAAGAAUGACGCUGUGCGUAUUUUGAAAAUCGGUAAAGUCUCAACGAAGUCAAAACGCCUAGGGUUUGACGUCAACCGAUGGAAAUGCGAUGCGCCGGGAAGCUGGUACCCUUCAGUCCUCUGUCUGCUAGAUGUACUAGAAAGUGGGUAAUCUGGUUGUUGUCUAGAUGUACGGAAUGAAUCUUAAGUAAAAGUAGUAGAUAUGUACGUGUUCUUAAGUGUGGUUGUAAUAGAAAUAGAUCUAAGUAGUACGUACUAAGAGAUAGACAUAGACAGUGGUGAGGUGCGCCGUUGUAGCUUGCUGAUAUUUGAUUGACGCAGUGAGUAUUGGAAAAGAUAUAUAAUACAUUCUGAGUGCUGUCCAGUAGCUGAGUUUCUUGUUCUUCCAUCAACAGAGACGUGUUAUUUUUUGCAAUUUUUCCAGGUAUUGUCCCGGCACGUACCCGGGUCAGCUGGCUAGGUUGAGGGAAAUCGGUUUCCACGGGUUUGUUAUGGCCAGUGUUGAGCUAUAGUCACUCUCCAUCUUCUUCCUUCUCAUUCUAUUAACAUAAAAAGUACUAGAUGAGAAACGAUCUUAUGACACUCUAAUCCUUGUUGGACGAUUACGGGUGCUCAGAGUGAGGACACGCGUAAAUUCUCGGUGACGACAACAACAACGCCGAUGGCUGCGGACGAGCCUGAACUGGAGGGCGACGAGAAAAAAAAGAAGCUACAACAGGAGAUUGCCAGGUCUUCUAGAUGAAGCUUCUACUUUUCCGAUUUAAUAUUUCUUGGUCACGACACCACCCAGCGUCACUAGUGAGUAGAGACAAGGAAGCUAUGUGUCUUUUCCUCUUCAGGUUUCGUGAGGGAUGUAAGAGUAUCCCAGCAAACAUCUCCUCCAACAAACAUCUCCUCCAGGUAUCAGAACUUGUACAACGAGCGAGUUUCUGGUAACCUUGCUUUGGGGCCCAAGCCUAGUGCGAAGCUUCUUCCUGGCGGAAGCUAUCUCCACAGUGCUGAAGGAUGCCAACUCAUCGAGCAUCCGAAUGGACAGAAGAACGACCUCCACCGAAAGAUGGACAUCAAAAAGACGCUGUUGGUGUGCACACAUACUUAUGGCUGAUGAAUAAGAUCAUGUAGGGACAACUUUUCCUAAGCAGCCUUUUCAUCUUUAGGUCAAAGAGAGCAAUGACCGAAGAGUAAUAACGAGAAGAAUCAGGCUACAUGCUUCAUCUUAGAAAGAAGGUUGCUCUAAUAUCCCGAAGGAAGACAGGGCCACACGCCGGGUGAGGGACAUGUCGACCUUGCCGGUUGCCCCUUAUUGCAUGUACUUAGACUUUUUUACGUUUAAGUUCAACUUUGUUUGAAUGGUUCUGGUAUUUGGUUAACGUCAAAACUCAGUUCCGUUCUGCACCUGAUCAUCAUUCUUCCUCUAGCCAUGUACUAUCUUUUUCCCCCUCCACCUCCUUUCCCAGGACGCCGUCAACGCAGCAAUAAAAGCAGGCAUUAAUACCAAGGAUAAAGAAUGGGUAAAGCAGGCGAUUCGAGAUACUCAGAUUGACAAUAUUCGAGGACAGUUGCAGUGCAAACCCAGGCCCCACGGAACGGAUAUCCCGGAAGGUGGAUUCCAUCACUCGUGUCUCAGCUGCAAGAUGGUUAUGAAGAAGUAGAGAUUUUUUGAUUGUUCUCUUUUCCUUUUUUGACUACAGCUUUGAUUCCCACCUACGGCAUGCCCUUCCCAUUAAUAUCCUUUUUCAUCUCCGCCGGCAAGAAGAAGGACGACUUGAAAUGCGAACUCUGUGCGAAGUCAGACGGCACAGCGGAGAAGAGUCCAUCCUACAAGGGUGUCUACGCGAACUGCUUGUCGAAGGAUUACAACCGCGAGAUACAGAACCAUGAUGGUAAACUCGUGUGCGGAAGUAAGAGGGAAUCGAGUGUUAUGGAUUUGGAUUUUCUUGCAACAUAGAUGGUACCUGCCUGGUCCUUACUCGAUCUCGAGGUCGAGGAAGUUGACAUAUUUAUAUCAUAAUAAGUAGUACAAGAAGAAGUGAGUAGAUCCUAGAUCCUACCAGUCGUGGCAAUGAUCAUUCGGUGGCUCUUCAGGAAUUGAAAUUCAAAUUCUAGUAAUUAUCGGUGCAAUGGAUUACAAAACACAACCACAAAGUGUGAAGUUACCUCUUCUAACCACCGCCGCCGUUCGAUGUUAAGGCGAAUGCUGAAUCCUGGCGAGUGGCCCUCUCUGGCCAGCGAAGUGGUGGACAACGUCGAACAGCUAUCCAAGUAGAGCCGUGGAAUAGCAUAGAAGUAUGAUGGAAGAAUAGAAGAAUAUGAAUAUAUUUAAAUGAGAAGAAUGUUGAUAGGGAAUUAUUGUUGUAUAGUGAUAAAACUAAAAGUGUCGUUGUCGACGUGGUCGCCAUCCUACAAGUAGGGCGAUUAAGAGUUCCGAGAAAUGAAUACUUGUAGCAAAAUUAAUUUUUCAUCUGCAGUGUUAAAUAAAUAUUGAGAUUGUCUUUUCCUAGUUAGUUUGUCUCCACCCAUAUAUUGUCUUUCUUUUUCAUUUUUGAGAAUAGCAAAAAACGUUGUAACACGUGAUAUACAUCGGUCAGCAUGCGGCACUAACCACUAGUCAAAGUUUAAGAAGAUAAUGCUUUAGUAGUACACAAAGAAGAUACUUAUCUCAUUUUUAGCUCAACAUGUUCCGCCGCGCGCUUCCUCUUGUGAUGUCGCGUUCCCCUGGGGGGCCACGCAAACAAGAUUAGACUUAGUGUAUCUAUCGUCUCUCAAAUAAGAUUAGUCACGUCUACUUUUCUUCCAUAGUACAAGAAUUAUAACCAAAAAAAAUAUCUUUCAAAGAAGAAUCAGCAUAACGCGAUUAUGAAUUCAACAUAUUAUUAGAGACUGUGAUGAAUAUUGAUUGUGUGUCUUAGGAUCGUGAAGAAUUAUUUGACCCGGAUCGGAAAAGAGAACAUCUACAUAGCUCAUAUUGUUUGGCCCGAACAUACGCGUUCUGAAAAAUACCCACUACUGGAGAUGUAUUAUCGUAAUGGGAAAAAAUAUAUGUUGUCACGUAUCGAAACUACAAAUCUAAUGAGUAAGAGUAUAGUGAUCUGCCUAACUAGGGAGCGUCCCAAUAUAAUUAUAUCGUCGUCCUCCAGCUCCAAUAAAAAGAGGCGUACAAAACUACCACCUCAACCGUUGGGUUGGUAGUUUUGUACGAUAAGUAUGAUCAUGAACCCGCAGGAGUAGCAUUACGUGUCUAUUAUGCUAGUACGGCGAUUCAAGUAAACCGAUUUGUCUCUAUUUGAUACCAGCUUACGACAAUGAAUGAUGAAACCGGGAUUCAAAGAUCUUCAACCGCAUUCGAUUACACGAAGAUUGUCUACGAUGACAAUGGCACCUCUGCACCGGCCUCCGCAGAAAGACUGAAUGUGUCAAAGGAUGCCGAUGUUGAUGAAUAAUCCUUGAUGACGAGUCC